GCCUCAUCAACAAUCAAAAGUCACGGUGGUGGCCACGAUGGAUGCUGGACGUGAGAGGAAGCGGGGCUUGCUUACUUCUCUUUCCUCACGGCAAAUCUGGCCACCCUUCGAUGUCGGACAGUCGUUCAUAUGUAGUCCGAGGGCGAUCAGAGGCCGUGCCCGCUCGUCGCCGACUGUCCUUUCUGCGAAUCAUUUGCUGUCGCCAUCGUAAGCAUCAACUACAGCAAGAAAAAAAUCCGCCGCUUGUUACACUGUUCGCCUUCGCAUAGUCUUUUUCCUUUCGGCCCCUUCUGCGCGGCGCCCAGUCGGGAUUUUUAUUUGGUACUCGAUUGCCCGCCCUCGGGUUGAGAUCUGGUCUCCGUAGACAAGUCCAACGUCUCUGCGUGUCAUCUCUGUCUGACCACACGCGCACGACAAUUACCAGGUUGUCGUGUCGCGAAAAUGGUAGUUGUUCUGCUACCAAUCCUUGCCACAUUACUUGGGCGCGUGGCGGCAGCAGAUUUCAACUACAACCUCGCCGGCAACAGCGGUGGGCCUGGCACCUCCAAUAGCACAUUCGGAACUCCGAGGAUAUGUGCGGCGAAUGCCGGAUCGCCCAAUGUCACGGGCUCCCAGACCAUCGCGCCCGACAUUCUCGAAGGUGGGAAAUCGACCAAUCUUUCAUUUACACCCGUCAGCUGGCGAACGACGGUAUACCAGCCGCGACCGAAACCAGGCGAUGCGUCUCGGACAGAGCUUUCGCUCUGGUUUGACACGAAUGGAGCUAACUACACCGACAACUACGACCUCGGAUGGGAUGUCUGCUAUUUCUGGAUGCUGCCUUUUACUGUCGACACCUUCCUACGAGCGCAGAAAGACAAAGGUGACUGUUUGACUACCCUAGACGCGAACUGUGUGAAGGAUAUGUCAAACGCCGCAACUGCCGCUGCCCGGCUGCUCGUCGGUCUCCCGACUCCUGGUCCGGAUUCCAAUCUUACUGCAAACUCAUUGCCGAGUGUCUGUGCGAAGAUAGCCUCGAUUGUGAACUCGAAUUUCCCUUCAUCUUGUGCGCCAUACUUCAACGGGUCAGCAUCGCUUUCCGCAGGACCUCCUGCCCUGGGCGGAGCUCUCACCGGCCCCAAAUCUCUCGUCGCGGCAUCCCAGUGCAAGACAAAGUACGGCAGUCUCAUAUGGACGCAGAUUGGCGCCGCCGACAGCGACACCUAUACCUUGUCCACUUGGUGGACCACGGGAAUUCUUACUCUAUUCCUGCCCAUCGCCGACUACGCUCGUCCGGUCACCCUCCCUCAAUCCACCGCGGUUGCCACUUGCCUCCGCGCCAACACUGUCGAACCAGGCUCGCUCGCGCCAUUGGACGCCCCGCUUCCCACACCACUAUCUACAUCGAGUUCGUUGAACAACGGAACGACGUCCACUGCGAAUAGCAGCGACGGCAGCAGCACCAAAGCCCUCAGCACAGGCGGCAUCGUCGGGCUCGCCAUCGGCGUGUGUGCCGGGCUCCUCCUCAUCGCACUGGGUGCCUUCCUCUGCUUCCGCAAACGCCGCCGUCAGCGACAAGUGUCCGCCGCGGCCAGCUCACAUGGCUCCGUGGAAAUGGACGGCAAAUCCUCUCUCUUGCAACACCGUUUCCCUUCGGAGGCACCCAACUUGAACACCUUUUACGAAAUGUCCUCGCACCACCACGGCGCGGAGUUGCCUGGCAAGUCGGCAAUGGCACCGGUGGAAUUGCCGGCGCCGGUGGAGAGGACUCCGUCGCAGACGCAUAUCGGCGUCAAUCGAUGAUGAUGACGAUUGCGUCUGUCCCUGAGCCUGGGGUCCACGAAAGCUAGGAAAUUUUUGAUUUUGUAUAUACCACAUUUUGUUUCUGUCACGAGCUUUUUCCCGAUGUGUGUGGACACACCGCGGCUGGCGCGCAGAGCUAUUACUAUUGAUGACAAACCCGUUGAAUUGAAUCGUGCUUACUCAUCCUCAGCCA